GUGGCGCCAGGAUUCAAAGCUGCGGUGGCGGCGGAAGUGGCGGUUGGUGCGGCCUGAGGGGCCGCGCCGGGCUCGGGGCUCGGCGAGGGGAGUUACGGGCAAUGAAGGGCCGGGCCCGCGGCGGUGCCGGGAUGGCGCUCCCCGGGCAGGAGCAGCGCCGGGGGGCCGGGCAGCCCCCGGGGCGGCAGCAGGCGAGAGCCCUGCAGCGCAGACGGCGGGUGCUGGCCGAGAGGAACCAGAGCGUGGCACCCGUGGCCGUGUGGGUGGAGAGUGCGCCAGGGCAGCAGAGCCCGGCCUUUGCUUCGGCGUUCCGGGUGGAGGAGGAGCUGAAGGAGCAGCAGCGGGAGAAGGCAGCCAGCCUGAGGAGGUUCCAGGAGGAGGUGAGGCAGCGGGUGAACCGGCAGGUCAGGCUGCGCCGGAGGCUGGAGCUGCAGAAGGCCUACGAAGCAGUGGAGAGGGAGAGCUGUGCUGCUCUGCAGUACUCCACCUCGUGGAAAAACACAUGCCUAUUCCAGCGUUUCCCUGCUCCCAUCAUCUGUGCACCCAGUGCUGGCUCUGGCCCAGCCCAGCCAGAAGAGCAGCGUGGGGAGCCAUUCCAGCAACAAGCUGCCAAGCUCAGCAGGGCUGUGCAGCAGGUGCGGCGCAGGCUGGCGUCCCGCAGGAUCGUGUCCCCCGGCGCCUGGAGGCAGGAGGAACCAGACCCUUGCCCUGCAGCUGCAGUGCCCAUGGAGGAGAGUGAGGAGCUGCUGCUGGCAGGACACCACGAUCUGCCUGCUGAGCUGCUGGAGCAGGGCACAGCUGCACAUGGCACUGGGCAGGAUGAUGGCUUCUACAUCAAAAUUGAGUUGGAAAAAGAUAUCUUCAGAGGUGUUUUGACAAUGCUUUGGUGCUCAGACUCCUAUAUUGAGAUGUGGCACAUCUCUCCUGUUCAUGGCCAACCUGUACCCCAGAUAAAGCCCAUUUCCAAGGUCUGUGAUGGGUCGGUGAAGGACUCGAGCCUGCCUGGGCCUCCUGGGAGGCCACAAAGUGAAUACCAGCCUCCCCUCAAACUCUGGGCUGGUGUUGACCAAGAGGAAACCAGGAAGCAGCGGCAGAGCGAGUUCCUGCGGUGCCGGCGCCUCUUCAUGGCCCUGGAGCGGGAGCGAGUGAGGGAACACCAGUGGCAGCGGGAGAGGCAGCACAGAGUUGCCCAGAUUAAGAGGCAGAAGGAGAAUCAGCGCCGGGCAGAGGAGCAGAAGAUGCGAGACAUGGCUGAGCAGCGAGAGCCCUCCCCAGGAGAGGGAACCUGGGAAGCCCUGGCUCAGCUCCAGCUGGAGGAGAGGAGAGUGAGGGACAGACAGCAGCGGAAUAAGGAGCGCAUGAGGUAUGUUGAAGCUCUGAGAGCCCAGAUGAGGGACAAAGUCAAACUCUGUAACAUCGACUUGCCCCCACUGUGUUCCUGUGGGUCUGAUUUCUGGGAUUCCCAUCCGGAUACCUGUGCAAAUAACUGCAUCUUCUACAAAAAUCACAAAGCCUACAGCCAGGCGCUGCACUCGGCGAUCUCCUCCUGUGCCCACGCAGCCACGCGGUCUCUCCAGGACUUGGCUGCUCUCUGUGCGCGCUCGGGGAAGCGUCUGUGACCGAGGCAGCUCCGUGUCCCAGCGACUGGGGUCAGCAGGGAGUGGGGCUGUGCCGUGUCCUGUCUGCCCCUCCACGCCAGCUGCCAGGACGGUGUCACCUUUGCUCUCCCGCUUCGUGUGCUCCGGUUUGUGCUGUGCCUCUCCCACUCUGCCCCAGGUGUGCAGCUGGCCGGGGCGAUGGUCGAGGUGAAGGAGGCAAUUGCUCUGUGGGGUUGGUUUAUGGCAGGCACUUGCAUUCCAGUAGCUGACUAUUGACUACAUAUUCUUAUUGACUAAUCAUUAUUGUGGAAUAAACUGCUUUCAAAGAU